AUGGCAACCUUGGCAGAUCAGCCUUUCAACAUUCACAUCAACAACAACACAAUGUUUCCCCGAUAUCCGGAGCCUCCACACAGCGCCAGUAGUGGCAGAAAUUCGCCCAUGUACACCAUGCCCCUGACGAACACGACAGCAGCCUUUGAGCCCUUCCUCUACGCCAGUAUUUACGAAGACAGCGAGAUUCGAAUGCCUGGUUCCAGCUUGUCGACUGCUUCAGCCAGCUCAUCAAAUGCCGGCUCCCCCAUCCACAACGACUGGCGCCACCUGCCAUCACACACAAUGGGCAUGGCUCAGCCCAGCAUCGUCGGCAACGACUACGGCGAGUACAUGGACAUUGGUCACAACGGCUAUGCCGGCGCGCAAAUGGAGGACAUGGCACCCUUUGAUUUCACACAAGCCACCAAAGGCUUUGUAGGUGAGUUUUUGCUUGUUUCCUCUCUCUCUCUCUCUCUGUCAGUCCGACCUUCGGCUGUUUCCGAUGCCGUGCCCGCGUUCCGCACUGCUCCGCCACACUGUGUCCCCGGCGCCAACCCUCACCCACACCAUCAAUAUCAUCCCCACUCGUAUCACCCGCAACAUCAGCAACCACACUCUGCCUACCCGGUGUCGCCAUCACUCUCGGGGUCCUCUCCCAUGGCUCGCAACAGCAGUGCCUCCCCUUCUCUACUGCAGUCGACCGCUCCUUUCCACCAAGCUCCGUUCUCCCACAGUCCCUACGCCACAUCUACAAUCGACCCCAUGGCGCGUCGCCCCAGCAUGGCCAGCUUCGUGUCGCCAACCGCCGAGAACAGCGGCGACGAGGCCAAGGAGAAGCAGCGAUGCACCUACCCUGAUUGCGGAAAGGUCUUCAAGGACAUCAAGGCGCACAUGCUCACACACCAGACUGAGCGCCCUGAGAAGUGCCCCAUCCAGACGUGUGAGUACCACUCCAAGGGGUUCGCGCGCAAGUACGACAAGAACCGACACACCUUGACGCACUACAAGGGAACCAUGGUGUGCGGCUUCUGUCCCGGCUCUGGAUCUCCCGCCGAAAAGUCCUUUAACCGCGCCGAUGUCUUCAAAAGGCAUCUGACGGCCGUGCACGGCGUGGAGCAAACCCCGCCGAACAGCCGCAAGAAGACACCGAUCGGCAACAAUAGUGGGAAGAAGCUCACCGGCUAUGCCGCUGAUGCCACGGGCAAAUGUAGCACAUGUUCCUCCACGUUUUCGAAUGCUCAGGACUUUUAUGAGCAUUUGGACGACUGCGUGCUACGCAUCGUGCAGCAGGAGGACCCAGCCGAGGCUGUGAACGCCCAGCUUCUUGGCGAGGUCCUCAACGACAAGGACGUGCUGAAGACCCUGGCUAAAAACAAGGUCAGCGAUGACACGGACCCCAUGCACGAGGACGGCGAGUCUGAACAGGACGGCGAGGGCGAGCUCGACACGGACGCCCAGGCCGCAGAGGACGACCCCAAGGUCUUUGGCGAGCACCGCUCUGACGCUGGCGUGCACAAGUCGCGUGGUCUCACACAUUCGCGUGGUGGUGUGCCGGCCAAGGUCAAGUCGAAGGACCGCAAGCCCAAGCGCUACCCGACAUCGUGGGGCGACAACUCGGCUCGCGCCCAGAACAUGAAGAAGCGCGUCAUGGCCUGCUUUGACGGUUCUCGACGAUUGGUCAAGGAUGAUAUGCUUCUCUCUGUGGAGCACGAGGUCCGUCUGAAGCUGGCAGAUGGGAAGCACUACGUGACCGACUUGGACAUGCAAACGCUCAAGCGUGCCGAGGGAUUCCUCGGUGCCACAGACGAGGAGAGGGGACCGUGGAUCGCGGAUGAUCCCACCGACGAGCAAAUCGAGCAGAUGCUCAAGCUCUAA